UAAAAAUUAACUCAGCCAGUUCGCCAGUUGUCAAAUUUUCGAUACUUUGAGGUUGAUGUACGACAAAAUAUUAUAAAAAUUAUUGGUAGUGAGUAAUAUUUGCUGCAAAACCUUAUGUAUAUCAUUUGCUAUUUGGAAUUUUUUGGAUAGAAAAAGACCAAAUGCUCAAUUAACCACUUUUUUUCGUACAAAUAUGUUAAUAUUUUACUGACCUUUCUAAAUAUUUCAACAACCUUUAUAAACAUGGCAAAUUUAGAAAUUAGACAGUUGCUUAAGAAAAAUCGGAUUCCUGACAAUGAUGGCAACCUUUUAAUUUUCAUACUCUACUGUCCUAUUGGAUUAAUUUUAAUUUUAUUAAGAUCCAUACUACUCUUAGGUCUCUUUAUCCUUGGCCAAGUUUUACCUGAUACGCCCGCCCCGCAAAAGUUUAUUAAUAAAAUAGCGUGUUUAAGCUUAGGCAUAUCGAUACAUAUUGAAAAUCCUAAAAGCAAAGAAAAUGUUAAUGUAUAUGUUAGCAAUAGCUUAUCUAUUUUCGAUCAAAUAGCUGUAUGCAGUGCUACAGGCGCCGUAUCGCCGAGUUGCAGAACAACUUUAGAAAAAAUCCUAGGUCUUAGUACUUACUGCUUCGGUUCUGCGACUAAUUUAGAUAACUUUAAAAACAACAUAAAACAAUUUAUGGCUGAUAAAAAGAUACCCAUAUACUUUGCACCCGAGGAGAAAAUAACCAAUGGCAGAGGUCUUUUAAAAUUCAAGACAUAUCCUUUCGAGUUUGCAAACAAAGUCCAACCAAUCUGUAUUAAAAUAGACCGUCCGUUUUUGGACGUAUCGAUCACCACGGUCGGUUCUACGUUCACCAGCGACAUGUUGUACUAUCUCUUCUCCCCCAUCACCAAUUACAAGCUCACCUUUUUGCCACCACUCGAAAAGAAGAGCAUGUCCGAUGAAGAGUUCGGCGAAAUCGUCAGGCAAAAUAUCGCCACGUCCUUGAAGGUUCAAACUACCGAUUUUACCUCGAGCGAUAUAGCCGAAUGGGAGAAACGCACUCUGGCCGAACCACCGGUACGAUCGCAACAUCGCGUCACCACCAGAUCCAUCAACCCGGAGCUCCAGAGAAUGAGCAAACAAGUCAAAGAGGUCCUACCUCACGUUCCUCUAAACGUUAUCUACAGCGACUUGUAUAUGACGAGGAACGUGGACAGUACCAUCACGAACAUACUAGAAGGUCGGGUGAGUUUCACGCCCGAGCAGCCAACGAGCAGUACCGCCAGCCAGCCUUCUACGUCUUCUUCUGUAUCUGUGGGUACUCAGGCUUCGAGCGUGUGCUCUUCUGGUAAACCUUUGUUCAAUACGGCCGCAUCUUCGUUUCCCAAAUCGGCCAGCGAACGUAGCAGAUCCUUCCAAGAGCGUAAAGAACAACUGUUGGCUAGCGCCAGAAAGCGGUAUAUUGAGAAACAUAAUCUGGAUAUACCGGUUUAGAUGAUUGCGUGUUUGCUAUUCUGUAAUGGCGAGUGUUACUUAUCAAAUUAUUUAUUCGACUACCGCGCCUGCGUUUUAAAUACAUCGAGUCAAGUUCAUUCUUACAACGCUGCACGCUUUUUGAUUUACUUAGUUUAACUUCGAGCGGUAUUUUCUUUUAGUGUAAUCACUUUCUGGUAGGAAGAUCAAUUGAAUAAAUUUUAUAUAAUGGAUAAUUUGAUGGGUUAACAUUGCAGAAUUUCGCUAGGCUAAGGGGGAAAAGGGUGCCAAUAACGAAGAAAAUCUGCCUUACGCAACUCAUUUAAGACUAAGGAUACAUCUUGGUUAUGUUUGUACAUACUUUACUGUUAUUUAUUUUAUAAAAUAAAUAUAAGAUCUA